AUGCUUCCAGGCUAUGGCAGUGACAGUGGUGUCCAGAGGUUAGAUAAAGAUAUUUAAAGAUCCACCAAGAAAUGGUAGAAAUGGGUGGACUCAACAUAUCCAGAAAAGGAGAAAAAAAGCUCUUUUCAGAAACUAGCAAUACUGUAUGACAGAAUAUCGUAUGCUCUGAGAAAUUGUGUGGAGAAAAAUCUUGGCUCAAGGUACUCGAAAAGCACAACAAUGGGUUUAGCAAAAUGCUAAGAAGAGAGCAGUCCAGCCACUCCUGUGUUUUUCAUCCUGUCUUCAGGACUAGACCCACUUGAAUAUCAUGAGACUGCAGGCAAAAAGAUUGGGUUCACUAUAGAUUCAGGAAGAUUUCAUAACAUCACUCUAGGACAAAAGCAGGAGAUGGUUGCAAAGGAGGCACUCAAGAAAGCUGCCCCACAUGGCCAUUGGGUUCUUUUCCAAGUGAUAGCUGAGUGGUUCAGAACCUUGGACAAACUCCUUCAGCAAUGUUAUCCUGAUUUCUGUGUCUUCAUCAGUGCUUUGCCAGCUCCAACCACAGAAGAGCACAUCAUUCCCCAAGGAAUACUAGAAAAUUCAAUUAAAAUUACUGGUGAACCUCCUGCAAGGAUGCUGGCUAAUUUCCAUGUGGUUUUGACCAGGUAA